AUGCACAACACCGUACGAGAGGAUUCGCUGCUCGUGUACGUCCUUGCUUGCAUGACGUGCCUCCAGCGAGUCAGCCCACCGUUAGAGUUGCCAACGGCGGGAACGUUUGCCCUACCGACGCCGACUUUUUUCCGGUGCGCGGUCGAGUGUGGCGCGACGGACGACACGUAUAUGUUUCCUGUGGCUCCAGGGCGAGGGAAGCAAGAUGGCGCAGAGUGGAACGAAGAGUACGUCCACGGGUUCAUCUACCGCAUCCGACUGCACAACUUCAUCACAUACGCCGACGCGGAGCUGUUCCCUGUCCCGUGCUUGAACCUGGUGAUCGGUCCCAAUGGCUCUGGGAAGGCGUCGAUCGCGUGCGCGCUUUGCGUCAGGCUUGGCGGGUCCACCAAGGUGCUUGGCCGCGCGGACAAGAUGGGCGACUAUGAAUCGACCCAAAACAAGGUCAAGGAAGUGCUCUCCAAGGCCAAGAUUCAAAUCGACAACUUGUGCCAGUUCUUACCCCAGGAUAAGGCAUGCCACGACACGUUCUCCAUCAUGAUGAUCUCAUCAUAUCCUUGCCUAGGAAGGAAUCUUGGAAAGGAGAAGGUGAACAGCACGAGCGGCCAUGAUCUGGCGGGGGAAGCCCAAGCGGUCGGACAACUGGCAGCGCACGACGAGGAGCAGCGGCAAAAAGUCGACGAGCUGAGUCGUCGAAAAAAGCUGCGCAGGCAUCGACUUUAA